AUGGCUACCGCAGACCGAGAAACACACGUCAGCGCGGUUCGUCCUCGUUCCUACCAAGACGAGAGCUAUCUACACGGUUUUCUUGGAACUGUGUGUGACUUACAGAAGGCUGCGGCACUGCAGGAUGUCGUCCUUGAAGUCGAGGGCCGGCGGUUUUCCUGCCAUCGGCUUGUUCUGUCGGCGGCCAGCCCCUACUUCAGGGCCAUGUUUACAAGUGACAUGGCGGAAAGCCGACAGAAGACGGUUGUUUUACAGGGUUUGAAUGCAUGCAUGUUUGGAGAUAUCCUGAGUUACAUCUACUCAGGAACCCUCCAUGUCUCCAUGGACAAAGUGCAGCCCCUGUACCAGGCAGCCGACCUCCUCCAACUGGACUAUGUGAGAGACACCUGCAGCAGCUACAUGGCUAUGAACGUGGAGCGCUCCACCUGUGUGGACCUGUACAAGUUUGCUGAUGUCUUCUCCGUGGAGAUUGUCCAGAAGCAAUGUCAGCAGUGGAUUGCUAGACACUUUACUGAGGUUUCCUCCAGCGAAGAGUUCUGCAGCCUGAGUGUGAAUCAGCUGACUGAGAUCAUCAGGCACGAUGAGCUGGAUGUUAAAGAGGAGACAACAGUGUGGGAGGCUGUGGUGAGAUGGGUACAGCACAGCAGGAGAGACAGACUGCACCACCUACCCAUCCUCCUCCCUCACAUCCGCUUCAUCCUGCUGACCUCAGACGACAAAGCAGCCAUCUUGGAACACCCGCUGGUCAAGGAGGAUCCUGGGAGUUCUGAGGUCAUCAGGAAUGUGGUACAGAAAGGGAACCCCGACCCGAAGCCGAGGUUUGGGAUGUUCACAGAAAUGGCUCUGCUGUUGGAUCCGACCAAGGGGCUUUCCAAGGAGAUCUUCUUCAUGAACCCCCGGAAAGGGAAGUACAUUAGCUGCACUUACAAGCCUGAAGAAUUUCCUGGCGCCACAGACAUGACAGUCACCAGUGGUAACGAUAUCUACGUCCUGAUAUCGUGUGUGGAUCAGCUAUCUCUGUAUAAGUACAACCAUGCAAAGAAUGUGUGGGAACAAGCAGGUGUGUCAUCAACAUCUAGGGGACAGAUAUUUGAAUACCUUUAUGCAGUUGAUGAGAUUUUGUAUUGCAUUUGUUCUGCCGAUGACGGACUAUUGCUGCAGAUGAGGAAGUACAACCCACAUACGAACCAUUGGCAGGAAUGUUCACAGCUGCAAUUUGGCAAACCUAUAGACGACAUUGCCAUAUUGUCCUGUGGCCUAAACCUGUAUUUCAUGUCAAUCACGGAAAUGCAUUGCUACGACCCAGGCGAGGACAAGUGGUACAGGCGGACACCACCGAUGGUGUAUCCUGAAUUCUGUGCAGCUGUUGCCAUGGGUACAGAGAUUUUCUGCACAGAUUAUUACUUAACUCAAACCAUGGUGUACAACACAGAAUCAGACAGCUGGCAGAAACUGAAAGGCUGCCCUGUCCCUGAAAACCAUGAUGAAGAUGGUGCGCCCGGUCUUUUUGUACUGGAGAACCAGCUGCAUGCAUUGUUAACCUGUAUUGGUGAGGAGGAUGAAGAUGAAUGUCACAUAUAUGUAUAUGAAAGGUCUGCUGAUGCCUGGAAAGACUUGAAUGUCUCUAUACCUAAUAAGAGAUAUCAUGCACACGAUAUGCAUUGCCCAGUUGCACGUAUAUACCUGCCAUAUCUUAACGGGACAUAAAAGCACAACAUUUCUUACGCUGUCCAGAGUUUAUGUGCAGAUUAAGGACAUAACGAAUAACAGUCAGGACUGAAUAGAGGCUUUUCAUAUAGAUCUCAGUUUUGCUGGCUGUCCCUACAAUGGUAUAGUUAUUGAACAAAACUUCAUGAGAAGUUUUAUAGAAACUUUCCUUUUUUUCACACAUAAGGGGCAUCUUUCUAUAAGGGACUGAAUUAAUGUUAUGUGUACUAACAGCAAUAAUUACCAAACAUUGUAAGCCUAGGUACCCCACUCACAAACUGUCUGGUGAGUGUGGUUUCGGAGUUCCAGUAAACUAAUUGAGAUGGCGCCCAAGCAAAAUAUCAUACACUUUAUACAAAUAUUACAUGUAUGUAGUUAUAGACCUCAUUGUAUUAAUUGACUUAUUAUUGUUGCCUUACAAUUGUACCUUGUAAAUGUCGCGCAAUAAAGUUCAUCAUUCAUUCAUAAGACAAGAGGAAUUAAACAGAUGUUCAUGUA